AUGGCUUCACCCAAUGGACUCAGUCUUGGAGGAAAUAUCUACUAUGUAGCACACCACAAAUACUACAUAACAGCCUUCCUAAUUUGCUUCAAUCUGCUAACUGAGCAAUUCAACAUCAUCAGCUUACCUGAAGAAAUCGCUGAGGACAACUGUUUUCACUAUCCCUUUCGUUCUAAUGAUGUAUUGGUGGCAUUCAAGGACAAACUAGCAAUUGCCCGUGAUGAAAAUCGAGAGGGUGCUAUUACUGUCUGGACACUGGAGGACGCAACAACUUGGUCUAAACAAGGUUUUCAUAUUCCCCCGUUUAGAGAAGGCUUUGGCUAUGAGGAGGAGUUCAGGUUCAUUGGUACAGCUAGAAAGGGGGAGCUCAUAUUCGCACCUCAAUAUGGCGCGUUCCUACAUGACGAUGUGUGGACCAUCAAGCAGUAUGUUGUGUACUACGAUCCCAUCACAAAUACGACGGAAAUGGGUCGAAUCAACGAAGAGUACUUUAGGGAUUUUCCAGGGCAAAUUAAACCCUUUCUUGACCACAUAGAAAAUCCAGCACUUAGUAAAAUUGGUCUGCUUCAGUUCUAA